AACUGGCGGUGCUGUGGGUGUGGACGUAUAAAUCUAGCGGACCACUGCCGUUCACAUCAGUCUGACUGGAGCUUAACGGUCCUCUACAGAACAUUCACAUCUACAGCAGGAAACAUGAACAAAAUAGUUUUCAGCUUGUUUGCAGUCGCCCUGUGUUUGGCAGUGGGUCAGGCUCUGCAGUGUUAUGAAUGUACACUGGGUUUUGGGAAUAUGUGCAUCACAACCCAAAAGACAUGUGAUGCUGGGACCCUCUGCUUCACUGGUGUCGGGAUGGCUGCUAAAUUCUUGGAGAUUAAGAUGAAAGGAUGUCUCGAAAUCACCAAAUGCAACCAAACUGAAAAUGUUAAUUUUCCAGCUAACUCAAACACCACGUUGUACAAAAUGACCAAGACAUGCUGCAGUACUGACCUGUGUAACUCGGCUAUGGGUCACCCACACCUGUCUGCUGUCAGCUUGACCUUUGCCACUAUCUCCUCUGUGCUCAUGGUCAAAUUCCUCAUGUGAGGAACACCAUUUCAGCUCUCUAUCUCACACACACACAAAAUGUUAAAACAAUUUACAUUUAUAUGAUCCUCAUCAAUCAUAUUUAUGCACAUUCAACAUAUUCCUGAGAAAAAUGUACUGUACAUCCUAAACUGGUCAAAUUAAUAUUUGUUUUCCCCUGUUGUCAAAUAUUUAAGGGACUUAAAUUAAGGCAGUUAUGAACUUAAUGCUUAAAAUUGGUCUGUACACUGGAAAUUUGUUCAAGUUUUAAAUAUGUAAUUAUUUUACCAGGCAACUAUUAACCUGUUUCAUGUGACGUCACUGUAUGACAGCGCCACCAUGUUUGUGAUCAAUAUUUCAUAUACCUUAGACAGGAUCAUCACAGAUGUUUUUAAGUACUGUGACAAAAUCAGACCAGAAAACAACGCAAAAACAUUUGUAACGUCUGAAUGAGAGAUGUUUAUGUUGAUGUACCGGUGGGCGUGUGUACUUGCCGGUCACACAUCAGACUCGCCUGUGUCCGUGGAUGAAUCGUGGAUAAAAUAUCUUUAAAUGUCCUCGAAAGUUCAAUUUGGCAAUAUUUUUGUAGUCUUCAGACCCGUAUGAACUUUUCCUGGGACUUGGCAUGGAUCAAAAGCAAUUUUUUAUGUUUUUCUUGAUAUCGUUUUUCGUGUUUUUCCAUUCACCGGCAUUGUUUCCUCCCGCUGAUGGUCACAAAUAUGGCGGCUGUGGGGAAAAGUGACAACACUGAAACAGGUCAAUAUAUAGAGUAGAAUAUCAGCAAUGAAGAACAUCCAGCAUAAAAUGACUCCACACAAAAUCAACACAAAAAACAUUAAACAUCUAUUAAACCCAGUCAUAUAUAGUUAGAUUGUGUCAUUCUAGCUGUUAAUAUACACAUUCAUACAAACACACACAUUUCCACAUGCACUAAAACCUUGUUAAAUAAACUUGUUGACAGCAGGUUGCUGUGUAUGUUUAUGACUUUAUUUCUCAUUAUGUUUUUGUCGUUUCAGUUUCAUUUAUGAUAUAGGUCUCCUGUUUGAAAUUAAACUAGAGGUUGUCAGAACAUGAAUGCAUGAGCAAAGUUUAUCAUACAUGAGUUUAUUAAAUCACUUAAUCAGAAAAAUUUGGGGAUUUUUCCAUAGUAUUUUAUAUGUAUUUCUAUUCAUUUGAAAAGGUCAUUUUGUUUUAUAAUAAGCUUUUUUCACAUAGGCAAUUUUGUAAAAAAAAAAAAAAAAAAAAAAAAAAGUAAAGCUUUGACCACUGUUUUGUGUUUGCUUUUCUUUUUUUUUUUUUUCUUUUUUUUUUUUUUUUUUAUAAUUAUUAUUAUUAUACAGCCUUUGUUCUUGGAGAAAAAGAAUGUAAAUUUUUAUUUUGUAUACCAUCAUCAGUUUCAGUCAGGACUGAGAUGAUGUGAGCUGUAGUCACACUGAUCGAGUGCCGUGCCCUGCAUUGACAAACGUUCUGUUGUUGUAAUUGUCAUCAUAAUGUGUGAUGUCAUUGCAAAUGUACAAGCAACAGAAUUGUAAUAAAAGAGUUCAACAAC